CAUUGCUACCAGAAAGACAAAGAGCUUUCAUAUACUAUCUAUACUUUGUGUCACAGUGGAGAUGGAUGUAUACAAGUUGAACACCCUGCAUCAUUUUCUGGCUCCUCCUCCAUCUUACAACACAAGAGACCUGAGAAACAGGAGAAGUGCUUAGACGAGACAGAGACGGAGAAAGAGAAGGCAAGUUACGUAAGAAAUAUGCUUAAGCAAUGUUCAAGUUCAAUGCCAAGCUAUAGCACACUGGUGCUUUUGGUGGGAAAUUAAUGUUUAGACUUAGUCUAUCAUGAAUGGACAUUUCUUGGAUUUCAUUGCUUAUAUCUGCUGGAGUGGUAAAGUACAACUUUGAAUUCUGUGCAUAUGGACUUGGGAGAAAGCAAAGGAUGCUGAAAUAACUCAAUGCUAUUCAUCAGCACUGUCAGCUCAGAAUACACAUGGAUUAUUACGGCUGAUUUCCAAAAACAUCAGAGCAUGGGGGAGAAAGUUUGGGAUAUAUCAGUCCAUGCAACUGCUGGAUUGACCAACUUCACCUCUUCUUCUUUUUCUGAGCAAUCUGGGCUCAAUAGCACCAUAAGAGAUGGAUCAUACUUCUGGUUACUAUCUCAGAACGGCUCCAUCAACGCCACACAGUCACCCGCUCUGCUCGGAGAGAGGAACAUGGAUUUAGCUCGAGCUGAGAUUGGAGUUCUUGGUCUGAUUUUAGCUCUCACAACACUAGGGAACAGUUUUGUACUGUGGGUUUUGCUGAGGAGACGUAAACACAAUGCACCCAUGCACCUAUUCAUGGUCAAUCUGUGCCUUGCAGACCUUGUAGUGGGAUUUUUUCAGGUGCUCCCUCAGCUUUUAUGGGAUAUCACAGAGAGGUUUCAAGGUCCUGAUGUGCUGUGUCGCUCUGUGAAGUAUCUGCAGAUUGUGGGAAUGUUUGCAUCCUCUUUCAUGAUUGUUGCGAUGACAUUGGACCGCCAUAACGCCAUCUGCUGCCCCCUACAGGCUUACAAAGGAGGGGCUGUUUCACGCUGGAACACAACCAUUAUAGUGGCCUGGGGUCUUGCGUUUCUUCUCAGUGUGCCACAGGUAUUUAUUUUCUCCAGGUCAGAGAUUACUCCAGGAGUGUUUGAAUGCUGGGGACACUUUGCUGAGUCCUGGGGUCUGAAGGCUUACGUCACCUGGAUGACUUUAGCUGUAUUUGUGCUUCCUACCGCUAUUAUCACCGUAUGCCAGGUACGAAUAUUCAAAGAGAUCCACGACAACAUCUACCUGAAAUCAAAGCACAUGGUAUCUGCUGAUAUGAGGAAGAACAUGGUGCUCUUUCACUUCCCCAUUCUCAAAAACCAGACCAGACAGAAAGACACAAGAGAUAAUCUCUAUAAAGCAAACAACAACAGUGACUUCUUACCUUCAAACACCUACAGCCCUAAAGAUUCACAUUCGGAGCCAGAUUGCCGUGAAACGUCUUGCACGGACAGCUACGGUCACAAAAACUGUUACUCUGCUCUUCAGAGGAACUCUUACAACAACACCAAACCUUCCUUAAACCCCUCUUUUUCACCUUGCCACUCACCUUCACCUCUUUCAGGUGUGUGUAAAGCUAUGUCCAAAACAGUGAAGAUGACUCUGGUUAUUGUUCUGGUCUAUACCAUUUGCUGGUCCCCCUUCUUCAUCGUACAGCUCUGGGCAGCCUGGGACCCGGACCCACCUGACCAAGGUGUGGCUUUCACCAUCCUCAUGUUGCUUGCCAGUCUCAACUCCUGCACUAACCCAUGGAUCUACACGGCGUUCUCCAGCAGCGUUUCCCGGGAACUCCUAACACUGCUGCGCUGUCGGCCAAAGGCCCGCAGGGGCUCUCUCCACGACCACUCCAGCGACAUCCACACCUCUAUCAUCAGGACAACCAGUUCCGAUCCAUACAAAAUAACCAAACCACCCGACUCCUGAGGGCCGAUGGAGAUUGAUACUGUAGCUGCCCCAUGCAGAUUAUUAUAUAACAUCUGCUAGACGCGUUACACAGAUUUUUAAUGACAUGCGGGAUCUGCAUCAUCCAGAACAUACUGUACGCACGUCAGAUUAAUGGCCAGAUAGGAUCAAGUUGUCCAUCAUUGUGCAUGGGAGAUAAAAACAAAAUCUAAACUAUGAAGGAGGUAAGGAUCGAGGCUUUAACCCCAGAGACAGUGUGAUUUAUGGGUGAAAACUCUAUCUGGGGUAAAAAUAAAAACGCAGGCCAAAAUAAAUGUGGCGUAAACAUAGCAACAAGAACUAUAAUGACAAAUAUGAAGUAAACCCAAAUACAGCAACAAGAGAUUAUAAAGAGGUUUAUUUUCCAAAAAUCCACGACUUAUAAGUUUAAAUAAUGCAUUCCAUAUUGGACAAAACAAGACGUGGGUCCUUAAACUCAACAUGUGGUGGUAAACCUUGACUGUUUUAUAUUUAUCAGUGACACAUAUUAAAUCAUAACUAAGCUGUGGGAAAAUAACUAAGUUAUGUUUUCACUAAAACACCAGCAAUUUGCAAAAGAGCAACAGUAGAUUGCACAAUAACCAUUGAAUUAUUUAUAGAGCACUUAAAAACGACAUUCAUACUGUAGGUUUUAUAAAGACAGCUUAAUGGGAAGUCAUAAAGAAUAUGGAAAAGAGAAAGGAAAUGAACUGAAAUAAUAUCAGGUUACACAAAGUGCCUUGAAUGCCACUGAUGUCCAGUCAGUAAACUGUUUGUUGCUUUGAAUAGCAUAGUGUAACACUUACAGUAUGUAUAGCCUAUACUAUAUAGAUAUAAUGAGAGUAAUAUAUAGAUACAGUUGUUUAUCUGAAUAUAUUCCUUUCCUUUUAUAUUUUAAACUUGAUAAAAACCAACAUAUUUUAGAAAACACAAAACACGUGCAAGAAAACGUAUGAAAUCUUUAACGUUUUAAUGAAUUUCAUGAUUUAGACUUACAAACAGUUACAAAUCUGGCAUCUUCUUGUUCAGGCAGAUGGCAAGCAAAAGAGGAAAUUGAGCGGGAGUGUUAUUCCUAUGUUUGGAAUUGAAACUGGAGUGUAAAAGCAAAUGCAUUUAUACUGUAUAGGCUUCAGGAUCAUUCAGAUAGCUGUCUAAAGACACAUUUUGGAAGAUGAGACAAUGAACUACACUGUAAAACAUGAUAUCAAAUCAAAAAUAUUUUUGUGUUUAACAAAUUAAGUUAAACAAUUUCAAAACAAUUUGUUUUUGAGUUAUUCCAACUUAAGUCAAAACUUAAAAUAGUAGGUUUUAACUUCAUGCUGCAUUUUUUUACAGUGUAAUUUAAGAGUCAUGUUAAUUCAUUUAAAAAAAGUUUGAUAAGUUCUCAAUGUUUUUAUCAAGUAUUUUUUGGUCCCUAUACAUACAGCUGAUGGAAUUGAUGGGUUUGAAAUAUUGCAUUUGUAUUUAUUGUUGUGUCAGUACUUGAUGCUGGUCUGUGAAUUUGUGAUAUGUAAAUUUGAGAGAGAGAAUUAUAAAUGUAAUUUUAAUGUAAAUAAAAUAUUUUGAGAUAUA